UAUUUAUCACGAGUUUGAUAACAUUUGUUGAUUAGGGAAGAGAAGAAAGCAAGAAACGCGAAAUCCAAGCUCUUCAAACACACGAAAAAUUACGUUCUUCUUUAUUUCAAUCGCUCUUAGUGUACCGGCAAUUACUGUUUGUGUGCCUUUUGAAAAAACUAUCCAUCUUUCAAUUUAACCGCACCCGGAUACACCGAAACUCCUAAAGCUUAUCGCGAGUGAAGACUCCACUAAUGAUGAUGUGUCAAAUGCAAACUGUGCAUGUUUACGUGGUCAUUUGAAGACAAAAAGCCGAUGAUUGUGCCUUUUACGACCCUAAAGUUAUUAAUUACCACCUGUCAAAGGUUCUUGAUGAUAGGAUCCUCAAUUAGUGACUCUAGACUUUCGUUUCCGCCCUAUAAUUCUCGUAGUGAUUUUCCGGCCAUUAUUUGGUGACCACUAAGUACGUGUUGGAACUUGAAAAAUGUGCGGUACAGACAACAAAACUUCUCGAGUGAAGGCUUUGAUUCUUGUUGGGGGUUACGGAACUCGACUCAGACCCCUCACCCUCAGUCGCCCGAAACCGCUUGUGGAAUUUGCGAACAAACCAAUGCUACUUCAUCAAAUGGAAGCGUUAGUUGCUGCCGGAGUGACAGAAGUUGUCCUAGCUGUUUCUUAUCGGGCUGAGCAAAUGGAGCAAGAGCUAAAUACUGAAGCUAUUAAGCUUGGCAUUAAUUUGAUAUUCUCUCAUGAAACAGAGCCUCUCGGUACUGCUGGGCCUCUUGCUUUAGCCAAGAGUAUUCUUGGGUCCACACCUGAGCCAUUCUUCGUUCUCAACUCUGAUAUUAUUUGUGAAUUUCCAUUCCGAGACUUGCUUGCAUUCCAUAAAAAUCAUGGCAAAGAGGGCACCAUAGUUGUUACUAAAGUGGAAGAGCCAUCUAAAUAUGGUGUGGUUUUGUGUGAUGAGGAUGGCAAAAUUGACAGUUUCAUUGAGAAACCACAGGAGUUUGUAUCAAACAAGAUCAACGCUGGCAUGUACAUCUUGAACCCAGAUGUAUUGAAACGGAUCCCACUGAAGCCAACCAGUAUUGAGAAAGAAGUUUUCCCUUUCAUGGCAAAUGAAGGCCAGCUGUACGCAAUGGAACUUGAAGGCUUUUGGAUGGACGUCGGACAGCCUCGUGACUUUCUGACAGGUAUGUGCCUGUACCUUUCCUCUUUACGCCAUCGUCAACCUAAUCUUCUCGGCAGUGGAGACAGCAUAGUUGGCAAUGUUCUCAUUGACCCUACGGCAAAAAUUGGUGAAGGUUGUAGAAUUGGCCCGAAUGUCACAAUUGGACCAAACGUUAUUUUGGAAGAUGGCGUCUGUAUCAAGAGGAGUACCAUUCUGGAAGGUGCCAUUAUCAAAUCUCACUCAUGGCUCAGUGGGUGUAUUGUGGGCUGGCGAUGUAUUGUUGGCAAGUGGGUUAGAAUGGAAAAUAUUACUGUUCUAGGUGAGGAUGUCAUUGUUAAAGAUGAAUUGUACAUUAAUGGCGGACAAGUUUUACCCCAUAAAUCAAUCGCAAGUUCAGUACCUGAACCUCAAAUCAUUAUGUAAACCUUCUUGACUUUUUCCAAAAUUUUAGGGCGUUUUUUAAAUUAGCUGAUGCCAGAAGCUAGUGAGAAAAAUUUUCUUGUAUUCAUAGUGAGCUGGAUGUAGGCUAGUUGAAGGAAGACAGGUAUCAGAAAAAACGCUAUUGAACACCUUUGAAAGAAACAUUUUUGGACUGAUUUCACUUUGGAAGAAAAUUUUUUUUUUAAAGAUUAAAUUUUUUUAAAGAAAGAGCAACUGUAAUGGUCAUUUCAAAAAAUCGUUCUGAGUAAAAGAGUAAAAUCCUAGUCAACAAUUCACUCAGUUUGUUGAUAGUACAUCAAAAUUUUAAUAAGAAAGUGUAAAGUAGAUGAAGUUACAUGGAAAGAGUUAUCCGCACUGAUUUUAUAUCAGGAGAAAAUAUUUUAAGUUCUGCACCUUCAGAACACUUAAUUGCAGGCUCAGCUUUCAGCUCUAUAUAUUAAUAAACUUUGGACUUUCCAUCUGGAGUCUUUUGAAACAAGAAUGUUUUUGUGAAGCUAAAUUCGAAAAAGCUUCUAAUUCAAAUUUUUAACUUUAAGCCUUUUCAUUUCUGCCAAACCUGGUCUAGGUUUGAACAGCCUUCAACAAGCUUGCUUUAUUUUCAUUUAAUUGGAAAUGUUUACAUUUGUGUCAGCAAUUAAGUCAUGUAAAGAAAAAAAAGUGCAGGUACUCUCGCAAAGGCAUAAAUGUAAGGAAGCAAUAAUAUUACCAAAAAUUUAUGGAGAGAGGCAGCAGCUUGAUUCUGUAAUUAAAGUCAUUGCUUUGUCCAGGGGCGGACCGACUGUUUAAGAGGGCGCAGGAUAGGAACACCCGGAGGGCAUCACUGAAGGGGUGUCCAGAAGGUACUGAAGAAUAGGGCCAGAGCCAGGACAUAUCCUAGUGUCUUGGCAGGCCAGUCCGCCCCUGGCUUUGUCAGCAACAAAGUAGAAUUGCCUUCAUGUCUAUAAUAAGAGAGAUACCUACCUGAGAAAAGGGAGGUAGGUACCAAAGUUAAAAAUUUUGCAGAAUCACUAUCAAGUUGCUAAGCAUCGAGAAAAAGAAGAUUGAGACUAUUCAAAAUUUGAUUGGCAAGAAAAGGGAAAUUUGCAAUUACCGUCGAAGAUCAUUGCUCUAAUAUUAAAUCCUUUUGUCCUAUUGACUGAUGACAUCAUAAUUUUAAUCUUUCUACUUAAAUUUUUUAGCUUUAUAUUUUUGUUCAUCUCACUUGGCAUAAGCUCAUUACAUAUCCGUCACAAUUUGUAGUCCUCUUUCUAGCAUUACUUUCAGAAUCAUCAUUUGUUAACUAUCAGGUUGAAUACAGAAAUUUAGAAGGAACCUCUUUCCAUCCGAAUGUUUUUACCUAUUUUUUAUUCACAAAAAAUUUUGGUGGAGAAGCAUUGUCUGUAUGGCCUCAAAUAUUCUAUAAGGUCCCUAAAAACCUCAAAUCAAAAUAUUUUUUUUAAAAAAUGCUAAGUAGGGUUUAGUGCCUAAGUAUAAAUUUUUUCAAAUUUUUAUGUAUGAGCGCAUAUGUAGCUUGUAACUUUGGUGUACCUAUCUUUGCCAUAAGAUGCAUUGUUGAGCAGUUUUGAUCCUUCACAUGGAUCUUCCACAGGGGAAGAUUUUUCAGAAAGUGGGUGGGAGGACCUGUCUAAUGACAAUUCCGGGUUUCCUCAUUUGCAAAUUUGUGAACGAAAUUAUUUGGCUUAGUCUAAACACAAUUUUAAGCUGUGCAAACGCAACAAUAUUUAUACCUAUCUCGAUUCUUUACAAAAACUGAGAUUUUCAUAUGAAAUUAGGAUUUUUGAUUAACUUGAAACUGUAAACUUCUCUGUAUCAUUUGAGAAGGGGGCCCAUGGAUACAAUGCCGAAUUAACGCUCAGGAGCUCGCUGUGCUGGUCAUUAGGGGCCCCCAGUUCCUAAAGUUUAAGGGCCCCAGGGAUAAUUCCAGCCUUUGAGUCUCUCUAAAUCUACAUUUUACACUCCAAAGACCCGCAGAGGAUCUGAAAAAAAAAACCCUGGAACUGCUCCGUUCUAUUCUUAAGUUUUAUCUUCGGAGCUUGAUAUGGAAGGUAUUAUUAACUUUAAUUCGUACUUGAAGCGACAAGCUUUGGCAGCUUUCAUUUCUGUUCACAACCUAAAUCAUGAAUGAAGGUUGUCAGGACUGUAAAUCGUGUAUUCUGGACUUAAAGUGAAUCAAUCUAAUUUAUACUUAUUCCGUAAAAAUCUAGGUAUUACAAACGUUUUACAAUGUCUUAGCCAUGUUUUUAGCUUCACAGCUCCAGAGCCAUGAAGAUUUUUCAUACAUGAUUGAUGCCAAGGACACCUUGUCUUUAAUUAUACCUACUAACAUCUCAUAUAUUGUUUUUGUACAUUUCUUUGUAUUAUACCUUUGUAAGUACAUUUUUACGUCUGUAUAACCAAAGCAUUUUUAUGAGACUUAUAUUUUUCAAUAGCUUUGUUUUGAUUUUUUGAUUAAAUUUUUACAUUAUCAUCGA